ACAUGGACCAGUACGCAAAGCCCAGCCCAGCAAACCAAAAACCGGAAUCCAAAUCCCUACAAUCAUCCCUCCCAUUUCUCCCUCACACAAUCAAAGCCGCUCACACUGUACAACUUCCAAAUCUCCGGCGACCACCCUCCGCCGCCGGCGAAACUUACCGAUCCAGUCACGCCAUUCUCAUGCAUGGAUACCUCACAAUCAUCCGAUGCUCCACUACGAUGAGAAAUUCAUCCUCCAUAAUCACCACCUUCUCCUUCAUCUCAGCUCACCUCCCCGCAGUUUAUCCCCUCACCCGCCGCCCACUCUCCACCACAACCACUGCCGUCACCUCCUCCGUCGAUCACGAAAUCUCCGAUGAUAUCACCUCACACCUCUCCUCCAUUCUCUCGCUUCCAAAUUGGCAAAAUCACCCAUCCUUCAGACGCCUCCUUCCUUCCAUUUCUCCCUCCCAUGUCUCCUCUCUCUUCGACCUUCAUUCUCUAUCUGCUCAAACUUCCAUCGCCUUCUUCUACUUUCUCUCUCACCGCCCUAACUUCAGGCACAAUGCUCGGUCCCACGCCUCUCUCCUGCCGAUUUUGAUUCGAGCUAAAGAUUUUGAAAGCGCCGAGAAAAUUAGGGUUUCGAUGAUCAGGUAUUGUGUCAACGACACUGAUGAGGUUAGGUUUGUGUUAGAUGCUUUGAUGAAGUUGAAUUCCCAUGAUUUGGAGGAUGUUAGGUUUAGAUUGAAUCUCAGGUGUUAUAAUUUUUUGCUAAUGGCAUUGUCUAAGUUUAUUUUGAUUGAUGAUAUGAUCAGUGUUUAUAAUACUAUGUUGAAUGAUAGAAUUUCGCCUAAUAUUUAUACAUAUAAUACAUUGAUCAAUGGUUUCUGUAAGUUGGGGAAUGUAGCCAAAGCUGAGUUGUAUUUGAGUAAAAUUCUUGUAGCAGGGUUGAAUCCCGAUUCAUUUACAUAUUCUUCAUUCAUUUUAGGUCAUUGUAGGAAUAAGGAUUUGGAUAGUGCUUUUAAGGUUUUUAGGGAGAUGCCGUGGAAAAAGUGCAGGAGGAAUGAAGUUUCGUAUAACUAUAUCAUUCAUGGUCUUUGUGAUCAUGGUAGGAUUGACAAGGGUUUACAUUUGUUAUCUAAGAUGGAGGUGGACAAUUGUCUGCCAAAUGUGCGGACAUAUACAAUGCUUAUAUCCGCGUUAUGUGGAGUAGGUAGGGGCAUUGAGGCAAUGCAAUUGCUUGAUGAAAUGAGAGGGAAAGGAUGUGAGCCAAAUGGUCAUACUUACACCGUUUUGAUUGAUUACUUGUGUAAAGAGCAUAAGAUCGAUGAGGCUAGACAGUUGUUUAAUGAGAUGUCAGAGAAGAGGCUAGUUCGUACUGUUGUUACGUACAAUGCCCUGAUUGAUGGGUAUUGCAAGAAAGGAAAGGUUGAAGCGGGAUUUGAGAUUUUCAACCUUAUGGAGAUGACUGAUUGUAAUCCUAACGUUCGAACCUACAAUGCAUUGAUAUGCGGGCUUUGUAGAAUAAAUAAAGUGUCUGUUGCAAUGACAUUUCUUGAUAAAAUGGCUGCACGUAAACUAACUCCUAGUUUGAUUACAUAUAACUUGUUGAUCCAAGGGCAGUGCAAAGAUGGCCAUAUAGAAAUUGCUUUUCGACUGCUAAAUUUGAUGAAAGAAAGUGAGGUGCAACCCGAUAAGUGGACGUACAGCAUUAUUAUUGAUUCUCUUUGUAAAAAGGGAAGGGUCCAAGAGGCCCAUGCUGUUUUUGAAACUCUUGAGGAGAAUGGUGUGAAGGCAAAUGAAGUAACUUUUUCUGCACUAAUUGAUGGUUAUUGCAAGGUAGGGGAAAAUGAUUGUGCCCAUGCCUUGUUUGAUAAGAUGCUCGAAGAGAAGUGCUUGCCAAAUUCUUGUGUUUACAAUGUGCUCAUUGAUGGCUUGUGCAGAGAGAAAAAAUUGAAAGAAGCUUCGCUGUUGUUGGGUAAAAUGAUAGACGCAAAUGUGAAGCCAGAUGUGUGUACAUAUUCUAUAAUUAUCAACGGAUUGAUCAAAAAUGAAUUUCUUGAUGACGCUCAUAGAGUUCUAGAGCAGAUGCACACUGCAGGGUAUAAGCCUGAUGCUUGCACGUAUACUACAUUUAUCCAUGCUCACUGUAUUAGGGGAAACUUAGAGGAGGCUGAAAAUUGGAUGAGGAUUAUGAUUGAAGGAGGUGUUCUGCCAGAUGUCGUCACUUACACUGUCCUUAUUGAUGGGUAUGGUCGAGUAGGAUCACUAACCCAAGCAUAUGGUGUCCUCAAGGACAUGAAGGAUGCUGACUGUAAACCUUCUGAGUUUACUUAUUCUAUUUUGAUCAAGCAUAUUUUGAAUGAGAAGGGGCCAAUUAGUGGUGGAGAAGGAACUGGUACCGAUGUACAUCUAAAUGCCAACUUUGCCGAUGUAGAUUAUGUUUGGAAGGUGGUGAACUUUGAAACAGUCAAAGACCUCGUAAACAACAUGGCUAAACAUGGCUGUGCACCAAGCAUUAGCACUUAUAACACUCUCAUUGAUGGGUUUUGCAAGCGAGGGCGGAUUGAGGAAGCUCAAUGGCUGAUUGAUUACAUGAAACAUGGAGGAAUUGAACCUGGUGAUGUUAUCCAUAACUCCAUUUUGAAAUGUAGCUGCAUCCUAGAAUUGUAUGAAGAAGCCUCCCAGAUGACCAAUAACAUGGUUGCUAUGGGUGAAUUACCACACCUGGAGUCGUAUACAUUGCUUAUUUGUGGAUUGUGUGAGAAAGGGGAUAUAGAUCAAGCAGAAGCAGUAUUUUGCAGUCUACUUCACUGCGGCUAUAACAGUGAUGAGAUAGCUUGGAAAGUUUUAAUCGACGGCUUGCUAAAGAGGGGUCUUGUUGAUAGUUGUUCUGAACUAGUCAAGGUCAUGGAGAGCAAUGGUUGCCAACCAAAACCUCACACUUAUUCAAUGUUGAUUGAGGGUCUUCAAGGUGGGUCAGAGGGAAAAUGACUCAUGAUAUUUUUUAUUUGGGUUAUUUCUACUCCAUAAGAUUCGUACGAGAAGUUGUUUCUUGGAUUUGUCUUCAAUUUCCCAUGAUACUGAAGCUUGAGUAGAACUAUUGUUUCAUUGCACUUGAAAUCCAGGGUGAUUCGGUGCCCCAGUGCAACAGCAGUUCAGAGCGAGAAAAUUCGUGUAUCGUGUAUGAGGUCUCCACCCUCAAGAUAUACUCCAGCACUUACCGCUGGUAAACGAUAGAAGCCCUCAUUUGGCUCAUUAUAGGUACAGACAAAAAAUAGUCAGAUGGAGGGAGUGAUUUCAUAUGCAGGAACUUCUAAUGGCUUAAUGCACCAACGUUUUGCAGUGUGAAUGUAGGCUUGUACUCCGGAUGUUCAAAUGUUCCUAUGGUCCGACUUCUGAGGAAGGAAAAUAAUGGAGAUAAGACAUGCUCCUUUCACAAGGAUGAAGUGUAAGGAGACUUCACUGGCAAGUCUUCACAGUUUUCAUUCCAAGCUUGGGCUUUUCAUGUUUCCGUAGCUGAGAUAUCAUCUUCUUUGAAACUUGUUUUUCUGUAUGGUCCUACAUAUGCUCAAGUACACUCAAACUUACUGCUGAUGGACAAUUUGGGUAUGGAGAAGUGUUCCUUCUCAGAGCUGCCCUGUUUUUUCUGCAAGUACCGUGACAACCUCAGGAAAGAAGAAAACUUUUGAGAACCCGUAAGAAAUAAUGUGUUCAAAAUUCUGUAUGCCUUCUCAGUCAUUGGAUUGGAUUAUCUGCAAACCCAUGCCUAGUAGCAAUCGAGGUCUAGACAUCUUCCCAUAUAAUCUAGGCUUGAGCUCAGGAGCUUUGGCUGCUUUGUAAAGUUAUUAACCCAUAAUUGUUAUCUACUACGUAUAUGCUGAAAUAGAAUAAAAGUUCUACAAAUGCCUUGCUAAUAAUGUGUUCUCUAUCAAAGAUAAUUAGGUAUUUUUUGUAUGUAUGGCAUUUCUAGUUAUAAAUUUGACCUUUUGAAUUA